AUGAACCAGCUUGCUGAGUGGAGGAUUUAUAGAGGGCUGGACAACGCUGGCAAGACCACUAUUGUCAAGAGGAUCAUGAACGAAGAUGUCACCACAGUCAGCCCAACGCUGGGGUUUAUCAUUAAAUCGAUUGACUUUCAAGGCUACAAAUUGAACAUAUGGGAUGUUGGAGGGCAAAAGACGCUGCGAUCUUACUGGAGAAACUAUUUCGAGAAGACGGAUGCACUGAUCUGGGUGGUUGAUGCCACGGAUCGUAUGAGGAUUGAUGACUGUCGAGGGGAGCUUGCUGGACUUCUACUGGAGGAGCGGCUUACGGGCGCAAGUUUGCUUGUCUUCCUGAACAAGACCGAUAUCGAGGGCGGUAUGAGUGAAACUGAGGUUCGAGAGGGGUUGCAGCUCGAUGCGAUUAGGACGCACAAGUGGACGAUAUUUCCGUGCAGCGCCAUGACGGGCCAUAAUCUGAACGAGGGCCUUGAAUGGGUGGUGCAAGAUGCAAAGGACAGGCUCUUUUUGUACUAA